AUGUCUACAUUGUCGGAUAAUCAACAACAAUGUAAACCACCAGCAGUUAAUUUAUCUGAUGCAGAAUGGAAAAAGAAAUUAACUAAUAAACAAUAUCGUAUAUUAAGACAAAAAGAUACAGAAUAUCCUGGUACAGGUGAAUAUAAUAAAUAUUUUGAAACAGGAAUUUAUAAAUGUGCUGGUUGUGGACAAGAAUUAUAUGAUUCUUCAUCGAAAUUUGAUUCACAUUGUGGUUGGCCAGCAUUUAGUUCUUCAAUUGGUACAUCAGUUAGACAUCAAAUAGAUGUAGAUGGUUAUCGAGAAGAAAUUUUAUGUGCUAAUUGUGAUGGUCAUUUAGGUUUGUUUAAGACUUCUAUUUGA